AUGCAGAUCUCUGACUCUAAUAGUGAAGAAGACAUUACCUUUGUCAAAGACAAGCCUCUCACAAGAGUUGAUCGUCGUAAAAUUUUUCAUAAUGUUCUUAAUGUUCCCAUUGAUGGGAUAUCCUUUCAUAGUGAGGACAAUGUUCAGAAAUGGAAGUAUGUGGUGCAGCGACGUAUUGUUGAUGAGAAGGUUUUAUCUGACCAGACCAAGUUCUGUUUGGAAACUAUGGACCUUUUUCAGCAUGUUGGACUUCUCAAGACUGUCCAUAUAAGAGGCACAUGUUUCACCAUUUCUUCUACUAUUAUUAAUGCUUAUCUUGGAUGUGUUGAUUCCCCUCCUCUUGGUAAACCUUAUCCCUCCACUAUGAAUCUUGUUGCUGAGCUUAGAAGUGGUACUCAGUCUGAGUGGCCUCUAUCUGGCCAAUUGUCUUCCUCUACUUUCAGUGUGAUGUAUGCUAUUUUGUUUCAAAUUGGCAUUGCUAAUUGGUGCCCUUCGAUUCAUGGGUCCGGUCUAUCUCCUUCUCCGACCAUUCUUCUGUAUCAGAUUGGAACUUUGUCUACUUUUGAUUUUGGUGAGUUUUUGUAUAUAACCAGCAUCUUCGACAUGAUAACUCCUUUGCUAUCAAGUUACCUAUCUGUUUACUGCACUUUUUCACUGGGUUCUCAUGUUCCUGACAUCGUGCUUAACAUCAACCCUCCCAAGGCUUCGAACAUUCCUUUUCCUGAGGAUUUACAGUGGCAAAUUUGCGAGGGUGAUCUUUUCCUUGUUUGA